CAUCUUCCGACGCCAGCGAAGCUUCCUCCUCAUCACCCAUAAAAUUAUUCGCUCAAUACGUACCGCGAGCUGAUGCAGGGACGGAUUAUAUGUACGUUUAUACCGACAUCAUUUCCCCCUCGCGAUUUGGCAACCAACUAGUUAAUAUAUUAGACGUCAUACCACUCCCCGGCGACAGCACCAGUAAAGGUGCGAAUUCAAUUACGUAUAAACCACUUUCUGCAUCAACUAUAGAGAGUGUGGCCAUCAAAAUUGCUAAUCAAAGAGGCAAACCUAUUCAGUUUGAAGAUGGGGAAAACAGUGUUACUUGCGUGUUACAUAUAAGACCACGUUAACUUUGCGUCUCGGACGUAAAAUUUUGAAGAGAAUCGAUCAAGGUGGGAUAAUGGGUGGAGUGGAGGAUAAUGAAACAGGCAGGUGUUGCCUACUUCCGAGUCAAGGCACGCGCCUCGCGACCAUCUGCGCGGGAAGCUUCAGUGUUUCCCCGCGCGGCAUGGCGGCCGGGACAAAGUGUUGACAAUGUUAUAGAAAAAAAAAGAAAAGAAAAUGGGUGUUCACUGUGGAACAGCAGAGGCGCGGAUUUUAUGUGAAGUGUGUGGGAGAUGGCGCACUAAUCCAUCCUGCCCCUCAUGUGUGGAAGACCAGUGUGAUUUAUGCGAGCGGUGUGGACUUCUGUUUCCACAUCCACCGCCAGAACACACCUGCGAAGUUGGCAAUCCUGCUUCUUCUGGCUCACACUCGAUUGAGGUUGAGCAGAACGCCGGCGUAGAAGGCCCACGUCGGCGGACGUCACAAGGCGACAUCCCACGCGGAGGCGGGGGAAGAGACUCGCCACGGCCGGGACCGAGUGGAUUAUCGGGGAACGUAUUCAAUUCUUCCGAGACUUCAAGUCCUUCACUACCUACACAAGACACGCCACAAGCGGAGGCGGACCACGAUGAGCGCAGCAUGGCAGGAGAGUCGGCGGAUGCAGACCUUGACGAGCGCGGGAUGCCGGAAGAGCCGCGGUUAAUUGACUCGAGGGAAAAUUUUAUGAGGAGCUUCACCAGACAUCAAUAUGACAUACCUGAUCAUAACGCAUCUCUUUCCGCUUUGAUAUCUAUCUGGGCGAUGCUGGGGGUAAGCGAAGCCGUGCUGACCAUGAGGAUGUCAAUGUGGAGAAAAUGUCAGAACCUGCAAAGAAGAAAUUGAUCUUUAGUGAUGACGACAUGUCGCCACUGCCGGCCAGCCCACCUCCUGACGCUCCAUCAGGACAGGAGUCGCAACAGCAGCAGCCGACAUCGCAGUCGAUUCCGCCACCUCAGGAGUCGCUGAUGCCACCUCCGACCGAAGCACAGCCGCAACGGUCAGAUGAGUCGACAGUAGGCGGCAAAGAGGGUCAGGAGGUGAAGAAGAAGUCGCAGGAAAACAGAAAAAAAAAAAAUAUUCCCCCUAACACGCCAGAGGACGACAGCACACCAAAACUCCCCGUUGCUCCAGCCGCCCCUCGUAAGAAGCUGGUUCCUAGAGUUAUUAAAACUACGCCCGUCAUUGACAGCGAUGACGAUGAUCUCUUCGCCUUCAAUUCGCAAAUGUUUUGAAUGAAAGAGAUGUAUUUGCCCUAAUAAGCAAUGAGCUGUAUUUGUCCUAAUAAAAAUAAAAUGUUCCAUCGACUCUGCAUAACCUUUCUAAUAAUAAUAAUAAUAAUAAUAAUAAUAUUAAUAAUAAUAAUAAUAAUAAUGAUAGUAAUAAGACCGCCAUCCGACAUAAGUAUUACGUCAGCCAUGCCGCUGGUGGUCGGUGAAAGUGGAAGAGGCCGCCGCUCCGCCCUGGCCGUCACAGACGCUUUCUCCAGGUAAAAAGGAUGGACAGGUAACGGGAUCUCGUGCGGCAGUCGCGACGACCUUGACCAUAGGGGAUGUAUUGAGAUGUCGGAGGGAACGCGUGAUGGCAACACUCGGUCAUCCCACCCUCCAGGAUUCCGUGAAUGAAAGGGAAAGGGCGACUUCUAUGGCAAGCGCCGUCAGAGUCCCCCUAAUCACGCGUGUGUGGCGGGCGGCUGCCACGUCUGGCCGCCAGUCCCCCCCCCCCAUCACCUCUCC